AUCUGAUAUUUUUCAUGGUUAUUUCUAUCUAUUGUUAUUUUAUUAGUUUUAAGAGUUAAGUAUUUGGGUUUUUUUUUUUUUUUUUUAAUUAUAUGGAAACGCAGAGGCAAACACGAAAGAUUAUUUUUCUAUUUAAUUGUUAUUUAUUAGUUUUAAAUUGUUAAUUGGUUAAUUUUAAUUGCUAGUUUACAUUUUAUAUUAACCGUGAUUGUUAGUUUGAUUGUUACUUGUUAAUAACUUGAUUAUUUAACUAACUACAAAAUGGAAAGAUUUUUGAAGAAAACAUAUCAACAUUUUAUAUUUUAUUUUAUAUUUUAUUUUAUAUUUAUGUUGAGUAUAUUAUGGACCCUGUUAUACUUUUUUCUGUGGAUUCGCCACGGCAUAUGUAUGUUGAUGGUUAGGAAUUUUAGUGGUGAGCUGAGCUCAUCUAAAUAUCUAAUAUUGUUAGGUCUGAAAGUGAACACCUGGUAAGCUAUGAAACAAUAUCUGGUGUUGAGUAGAAUGUGCAUGAAAAGAGUCCAUGUCAAUUUCUACAUGACAAUUGAUGUAAAGUUCUUUAAUGUUGGUUGAUAUACGUAAGAAGUGUUGAAUGCAAUAAAUAGCAACGCAGUAUCAUUCAUGUAUGUAAUAUAACAUGCAUCUUACUUUUAUUUUUCUAUAUUACAAAGUUGUAUUUUCAGUUUUCAAUUUUCAAUUUCCAUAUUAAUGCAUUGUACUUUAAGAAAAUUUCAUAAUAUUGCAUUUUACUCUGACAAAUGCAUCCAUUAUAGCAUUAUAGUUUCAUUUUUUAUUUGUCAGGAGUUAGGACAUUACUUUGCAAAAUCUGCCCAACUAAAACUAUGAAAAUAUUGUAUCUGGAUAACAUUGCUGGUAGACUUAAACAUGGAGAUGGUCAUUAACAUGGGUCGUUUUCAUUUUAACCUAGAUGAUGAGAGAGAUGUUAAGUGCAAAUUUCACCAAUUUGGUUGUCCUUGUGGACUGAACUUAUCACAACAUCAUAUUUUUAUUUUUUGUUUAUCAUUACAUUUAUAUAAUAACAAUUAAAUAUUUUAAUAUUCAUCUCCUUCUAAUUAUUCAAACUUCAUAUAUGUUUUUGAUUAUUCUUUUUAAAACAGAAAAAAUAAUCCCUAAAAAGUUGACCAUACUAAAAAGCCAUUUUGUUGAUUCUAUUAAUAUCAUUUUGUAUAAAAUUAUCAAAGCUUUAGCUGUAGAUUAUGAGAUCCACACUUUCUACCGGUUAAAAAAUAAAAUUAUCAGUCUAGGAUACAUGUAAUUGCUCGAUUAUAGAUUUCCAUCGAAUUCCCGUUGCUAACACAACUGAGAAUUGCCAGCAAUGGAGAUUGUUAGUGAAAUAGUGAGAGGAGUUGUUCAGGUCCUCAUUGUUCCAGUUAAAAAACAACUGGAUUACCUAAUUUCCUACAAAAAGUAUGUUGGGGAUAUGCGCACCAGAAAGGCGGAUCUGGAUGCUGCAAGAGUUGGCAUGGAAUCCCAGAAGAAGCAAAACAGAGAAAGACGUCUUGAGGUUCCUGCCCAAGUCGACCCUUGGUUGAUAGAAGCAGAACAGAUGAAUAAAAAGGUGGAAGAAUUUCCAAGUGAAGUCCUCAGUUGUCUCGAUCUCAAGAGUAGACACAAGCUUGGAAGGAAAGCCUUCAAGAUAUUUAAGGAGAUCGAGGGUGUUCUGGGACGAUGCCCUGAGAUCCGGGGGACUGAAUUGCAAAUUCCUGUGGGGAGAAUUGAUUCCACCAUUGCAUGCACAUCUACAUCAUCAAGUGAUCGAAAUGACUUCCAAUCAAGAGAGCAUACUUUUAGGGAAGCACUGGAAUCACUCGGACCCAACAACAGCUCCCACAUGGUAGCCUUAUGUGGGAUGGGUGGAGUGGGAAAGACGACAAUGAUGAAGAAGUUGAAAGAGGUUGUGGUUGAAAAGAAAAUGUUUAAUCAUUAUGUGGAGGCGGUUAUAGGGGAGAAGACGGACCCCAUUGCUAUUCAGCAAGCCGUUGCAGAGUACCUUGGUAUAAUUCUAACAGAAACCACUAAGGCAGCAAGAACUGAUAAGCUACGCGCAUGGUUUUCUGACAAUUCAGAUGGAGGAAGAAAGAGGUUCCUGGUAAUCCUGGAUGAUGUAUGGCAUCCAGUUGAUAUGGAAGAUAUUGGUUUAAGUCGUUUUCCAAAUCAAGGUGUCGACUUCAAGGUCUUGAUUACAUCAAGGGACCAAGCUGUUUGCACUGAGAUGGGAGUUCAAACUGAUUCAGUUAUCAAGGUGAGUGUCCUAGAGGAAGCUGAAGCACAAAGCUUAUUCUGCCAACUUUGGGAACCUUCUGAUGAUGUCGAUCCUGAGCUCCAUAAGAUUGGAGAAGAAAUUGUAAGGAAGUGUUGUGGUUUACCCAUUGCAAUAAAAACCAUGGCCUGCACCCUUAGAAGUAAAAGCAAGGAUACUUGGAAGAAUGCACUUUCUCGUUUACAACACCAUGACAUUAACACAGUCGCGCCUACUGUUUUUCAAACCAGCUAUGACAAUCUCCAAGACGAGGUGACUGGAGAUACUUUUUUGCUCUGUGGUUUGUUUCCGGAGGACUUUGAUAUUCCUACUGAAGACUUACUGAAGUAUGGAUGGGGCUUAAAAUUAUUCAAGGGAGUGGAUUCUGUAAGAGAAGCAAGAUACCAGUUGAAGGCCUGCAUUGAGCGGCUCGUGCAUACCAAUUUGUUGAUUGAAAGUGAUGUUGUUGGGUGCGUCAAGUUGCACGAUCUGGUGCGUGCUUUUAUUUUGGAUAUGUUUUGUAAAGUGGAGCAUGCUUCGAUUGUCAACCAUGGUAGUAGUAAGCCUGGGUGGCCUGAAACUGAAAAUGAUGUGAUCAGGACCUCCUGCAAAAGAAUCUCAUUAACAUGCAAGGGUAUGAUUGAGUUUCCUAGUGACCUCAAGUUUCCAAAUGUCUUGAUUUUAAAACUUAUGCAUGGAGAUAAGUCACUGAGGUUUCCUCGUAAUUUUUAUGAACAAAUGGGAAACCUUCAGGUUAUAUCAUAUGAUUAUAUGGAGCAUCCAUUGCUUUCCUCAUCACUUGAAUGCUGCACCAACCUUCGAGUGCUUUGUCUACAACAUUGCUCAUUGGCGUUUGAUUUCUCUUCUAUUGGAAACUUGUUGAAUCUGGAAGUGCUCAACUUUUCUAAAUCUAGAAUUAAAUCUCUACCUUCCACAAUAGGAAAUUUGAAGAAGUUAAGGGUACUGGAUGUGACAGGUUGUGGCGGUCUUCGUAUGGACAAUGGUGUCUUUAAAAAUUUAGUCAGACUUGAAGAGCUUUAUGCAUGCUCUUUAAGCUAUCAUGAAGAGACCAUUAGCUUUACAGGUGAUAACUGCAAUGAAGUGGCAGAACGUUGGAAAAACCUUUCUGCAUUGGAAUUUGAGUUCUUUGAAAACAAUGCUCAAUGGAAGAAUCUAUCAUUUAAGAAUCUUGAACGAUUCAAGAUCUCAGUGGGACGCUCUUUAAAAGGAGAAUAUUUAAUGGAGAGCAAACAUUCAUUCGAAAACACACUAAAGUUGGUAAUGAAGAAAGGUGAAGUAUCGGGAUCUAGAAUUAACGAGUUGGUUGAGAAAACGGUGGUGCUUUGUUUAAGUGUGGAUGAUAUGAAUGAUCUUGAAAGUGUUGUGGUGAAGCCCUCACUUCAUCCUCAGUCCUCUUCAUUCCCUGAUUUAAGAAUCCUUGUUGUUUCAAGGUGUGCAGAGUUGAAAUAUCUUUUCACACUCAGUGUUGCAAAAGCUCUAUCAAAUCUUGAGCAUCUUAAGGUUUCUUAUUGCCCUGUUAUGAAAGAACUAAUACAUAACGAGGAUAGAAGAGAAGAGACAAUUACACUUCGUCCUCAGUCAUCUUCGUUCCGUGAUUUAAAAAUCCUUGUUGUUUUGAGGUGUGCAGAUUUGAAAUACCUUUUCACACUCAGUGUUGCAAAAGCUCUGUCAAAUCUUGAAUAUCUCAAGGUUUGUGAUUGCCCUGUUAUGAAAGAACUCAUACAUAACGAGGAUAGAGGCGAAGAGACAAUUACAUUUCCCAAGUUGAAGCUUCUAUUGUUGAGUGGGCUACGGGAGCUAUUGAGUUUGGGCCAGAAUGUCAACGUAAUUGCGCUACCACAACUUGUGGAUUUAGAAAUUGGAGGCAUUCCAAAUAUCACAAGCAUUUAUUCCAAGAAUAAACUGGCAAUAUCUUUCUUGUCAAACGAAGAGGUUUUGAUUCCUAAGCUGGAGCAUCUGUGCAUUUGGGGUAUAAAGAAUUUGAAGGAGAUAUGGCCUCGUGACUUUAGUACGAGUGAGGAAGUUAAGUUGAGAAAGAUUGAAGUGCGCCAUUGUGAGAAUCUUGUGAGUAUAUUUCCUUGCAAUCCCAUCCCAUUGUUACGUCAUCUUGAACAACUUGAAGUCAGGGAUUGUGGUUCCAUUGAAGCAUUAUUCAACAUUGACUUGGAUUAUGUUGAUGAGACUGGAGAAGGCAGCAGCUUGAGAAGCAUUGGAAUAUAUCAAUUAGAGAAUCUAAGAGAGGUGUGGAGAAUAAAAGGUGGUGAAAAUAACUCUGGUCUCCCUAUCCGUGGCUUUCAAGCUGUUGAAAGCAUAAGUAUUUAUGAAUGUAAGAGGUUUAGUUAUUUGUUAACACCUACCACCACCAAUUUUGAUCUGGGGGCACUUACCUCUAUGGUUAUACUUAAUUCGGGAGAAAUUGGGAGAAAAUAUGGAUUGGUGGAAAGUAGCCAAGGGCACGAGAAUACUCUGUUCCCAGCCUAUCUCAUACAUUCGAUUCAUAACCUCGGUAAACUUGAAUUGGUGAAAUAUAAAGGAGUGGAGGUGAUAUUUGAGAUCAAGAGUACUCCUAGAAAUCAGGAUAAUCAACACCAAAUACUUCCCUACCUUGAGAAUUUGUAUAUAAAUGAUUUGGAGAGGCUGAGUCACGUGUGGAAGUGCAACUGGAACGAGUUCCUACUUCUUCACAGAAAACAGUCAGAAUCCCCAUUCCACAACCUCACAACCAUAGAAAUGAGAAAUUGUCAUAGUAUCAAGUACUUGUUUUCACCUCUCAUGGCAAAACUUCUUUCCAACCUAAAGAAAGUCAAGAUAAAAUGGUGUGAUGGUAUGCAAGAAGUUGUUUCUAACAGAGACGAUGACGAAGAAGAAGAAAAAAUAACUUCAAGCACCGCUCUGUUCCCUCUUCUUGAUUCUCUCACUUUAAAAAGCCUGCAAAAUCUCAAGUGUAUUGGCGGUGGUGAGGCCAAGGCUGGGAACAAUAAAAUAUCUUCCAACAGUACCACUACUACUACCUCCUUUCUUGAUAAUUCUAAGUUUUCUCAAGUGGAUGGUAAUUCUUGGAGCUUAUGCCAAUACCCUAGAGAGAUAAGCAUAAAUAAUUGCAAUGCAUUGUCAAGUGUGAUUCCAUGGUAUGCAGCAGGACAGAUGAAAAAGCUUCAAGUGCUGAAAGUAAAGUCAUGCGACGGGAUGAAGGAGGUGUUUGAAACUCAAUGGAUCAACAAAAGUCUUACUAUGCUUGAACUGAAAAACCUCAAAAAAUUGGAAAUCUAUAGCUGUGACCUUUUGGAACAUAUAUUCACAUUUUCCACACUUGAAAGCCUCGAGCAACUUGAAGAGUUAAUGAUAAAGAAUUGCAAGGCAAUGAAAGUGAUUGUGGUGAAGGAGGAAGAUGAUGGAGAGCAAAAAACAAAGGCAUCUUUUUCUAAGGCUGUGGUUUUUCCUCUUUUAAAGCUUAUUGAACUAGUUGAUCUACCAGAGCUGGUGGGUUUCUUUUUAGGGACGAAUCAUGAGUUCCAGUGGCCUUCAUUGGACGAUCUUGUGAUUAAGGAUUGCCCAGAGAUGAAGGUGUUCACAGCUGGUGGGUCGACAGCUCCACAGCUCAAGCAUGAGCAAACAAGCUCAGGCAAACAGCCAAACAUAGUCCUGAAUGCUGGUUUAACUAGCAUGUAACAACCACUACUACUGGGAAGCUUCAGGAGGUAUAAUUGUUUAUAUAAUUUUCAUGUGCAUAUAUCAUUUGAUUAUUAAGAAAAAUCAUGAUGCCAAGUAAAAGCAUUAUUAAGCACAUUACAAGUUUACAUAAUCCAUUUUUUCCAUAUCUAACUAAAACAAAAACCCGAAUGGAACUUGUUUUAGUUACUGUUAGACGUAUUAUGGGGGUGUUUGGGAUUUGCUUAUUUAAAACAACCUAUGUUUUUUUGUAAAAGUGCUUAUUAACUGAUAAGUUGAUAAGUUGUUUAUUAGUUUAUAGCAGUUUGUGCUUAUUUGUAUAAAAUGAUCGAAAAGGACAUGUAACAUAUUACAAUGUAUUUUACUCCUCCCAAUCUUCUGGCUUUCCUUUAGACUAUGGAUAACCGACUGUAUGUGUGAAAUUACAGUUUGAUCAGCUGAUUGUUGUUGAUAUGUUUAUGAUUUUUUAAAGAAAACAAUUCUAUGAAAUUUUUAGAAACGCUCAGUUUUCAAGUAAACUAAAACAUGUACUCCAUGCUCUGUUUAAAUUAGAUGUUAUUAUUAUUAUUAUUAAUGGGUUAAAGGUGUUAUGAUUUUAUCAAAAGGGUUUAUAUGUAAUCAAUGUUUUGAGAUGCAGGUGGUUUGAUAGCUCACUGUAAGAGGAAUGCAUGUAUAUUACAUGAGAGGAAUCAAUAUAUUAUAAAUACUAACCAACCAAUAAUUUAUCCAAUAAUCAAGAAUCAAUAUAAUAUUAAUUUUUUACAUUACUGUAGCACAAGGUUAGAAUUACAAACAUAAAUUUGAAGAAAAGGAGGGUAACAUUGUCUGUGAUGUUCGUGAACGAAGAAAGUCACGAAAAAAUAAAAAGUCGUCGAUGUACAAGGAGUAUUUUAAGGUAAAUUAGGGGUAAAUGAGUAAUUAGGUAUUAUAUCUUAAUAAUGAGUUUCAAAUAACUAAGGAGAAACCAACUUAUUAAAAACUUCUUAUUUGAUCAAAUAAGUGCUUAUAAUUUGUACCUAUCCAAACACUAAAAUUUGCUUAUUACCGGUACCAAAACGGUAUAAGCAAAUAAGAAUCUUAAAUAAGCAAUCCCAAACACCCCCAUAUGUAAUUGUUGUAUUGUUUAUAUUGUUUGUUAUUAGCCCACUUUAUUAUUUAGCCUUGUUACAACAUUAGCACAUGUAAUUAUUGGUAGUCCAUUUCGUAUCUUUGUGUACAUAUAUUGUUGGAAAGGCUAUAUGUCUGUUAUGGGAAAUAUACAAUCAACAUGGUAUCAGGCUAAUUUCUCCUAACCCUAGUCAACCGUGCUUCUUCUUCUCGACAUUCUCAUCUGUCAACCAUAUUUUCCAUUUUUUUUUCUUCUUCACAAUUAUAUCUUCUUCUAUGGCCACCGCAUUCAUAAGAUUUACGGGAUUACCAACAUUAAAUCCUAAGUACCUCUUAUUUUAGACAUGAUACAAGUUCAAGGUUAAAUAUUAGAUGAA